CUAUCGCUGCUCAAAAAGAGCGCGCCCGUGAAAGCAGCCCGAAAUCAAACGCAACAAAGAAAGACCGCGCGACUCCGGUGAACCGCGGUGAAUUGUGGAGCGACUGUCAAGCACCUGUCCACGCAGAAAACAGCGCCAUGGCCACCCAUCGGUACACGUGCGUCGGCUUUUCGCCCAAAAUAGACUGGAAGUGUAUCGAGUUCCUGCUUCCCAUGCCAGUGUACCGCAUCUGUAGCAUCUGCGGAAUCGUUCCCGACAUGAUCUUCAGUCUCGAGUGCGGCCACGUCUUUUGCACCACUUGCAUGAACGAACUGAUGUUGAACUCUCCCGUGGUCGUGUGUCCUUUCGACAAGGGAAGCUUCGAGGAAGGUAGCGUGAGCCGCGACUCGUCCUCACAGGCGUACGUCAGUGGCUGCAAGUCCUACUGUCUCAAUAAGGCGAGCGGGUGCAACUACGUGGGUCCCGUGUCCGAAAUGGUCGAGCACUACUACUCCGAGUGCAGUCACCAUCUCGUUCACUGCCGCACGUGCAAAAAGCCCGUCGCCAGAAUGAAUGUCAUGGCCCACUUGCGCUCCGGCUGCAAGUCGGACGUGAUGGCGACCAAUCAGGCGCCGUCCGCGAUCGCGAGCGGCGGUUCCGACGCCGAAGGCUCUGUGUCGACGCUGGUAAGCAAGAUCGAAAACCUGGAGAACGUCCUGCUGACGCGUACCGAUAGACUCGAGGAAAUGCUGCGUGAAUGGAUUAGCGUUGGCGCCCAGCUGCCGCCUCCCACGCCCGUUUUAAACGGCGAAGUCGCGAGAGCGGAGAGUCGUUCCCGACCGGACACUACUGCUACGGCAGACACUACCACACAGGCCGGCGAAGAACGACAACCCGACGUCGCGUCUACGUCAUCGACGUCACUCUCCGAAGCCGGCGAUUUCACGCCUGUAGCCUACGGUGGCGCCGCGGUCGGCAAGUCCCCGAACCACUCGAGAGAGGAGUCGCCGUCCGAGCCCCAGGUUAAUGGUCUCAAUGGCGAGCCCGAAGAGCAGGCUGUCGUUGAGUCAACUUCGGGCGCAGCUGAAGCGCAGCCCAGCACGGGUCCAAACGCUUUCUUCACGUACGACUGGGUGAUCAAGCCCUUCCGCAAGUACCGCAACGCCCCUUUGCAGGUCUUCACGAGCGACGUGCUUACUGUUGGUGAGAACGGAUACAGGGUAAAGCUCGAGGGCAAGUUCCACGACCUGGGGGACUCGUCACUCUACCUCGCGCUCUACAUGAGGAUCGUCAAGGGCCCCAACGACGCCUCUCUCGAGUGGCCGUUCGACCGCAAGUGCACCUUCGUGCUCCUUCACCACAAGCAGCGCACCCGAGAUGUGAGCUUCGACGUGUUCGCCCUGAAGGACGUCGAGGAGAGGCAGAACGCGGCCAACACGGUUCUCAAGCGGCCCAAGAAGAAGGAAAACGACAGCAUCGGCCUCGACAGGUGCCUGUCGGUCACGCAAAUGCUGCAGAGCGGGUUUGUCAAGAACAACGAAUUCAAGGUGCGCUUUGUCGUCGAAUGAAAGGCGGGAGUUGUCGGCACGCAGCCCGAAAGUCUCGACUUGCUACCGGCCCCGGACUGUUUCCUGUGAAAGGGCUGGCAAAACUGUUGACCACUACUGCAUUUCAUUUUUGUUCAUGUUGCCUUUCUUCGGUCACAUAUAGAGUAUGUUGUAUGUUUAUGUGCUCAGAUUGCAUGAACCAAGAUGGAGACAAAUGUUGAGCAGAGUGCUUAGAGUUUUACCAAAGCAUUUUCUUUUCUUUCACUGUUUGAUAAUUUGCCUCUCAUUUGACCAUCUUAACUGUGAUCUGCACAGUAGCUAGACUUGUGCUUACGUUUAUGCUUACAUCAUUGAAGCAGCUUCUCUCAACAGUCCUGUUGUGUUUUUAUCAACACCACCACCUCAUUUGCAGUGAAAGUUUUACAGGAUCUACUUUCAAGGCACAGUUCUGCAGCGAGAUAAAUCCUGUUGUGCAUUUGAUUCGACGAUUCAACAAGGGUGCAGGCUUUAUUUUAACGGGUGGCUCGUACCAAUGCCACUGCCAUCUUGCUGGUGAA